AUCAGUGGGUAGGACCUGGACCUGCUGCGGAGGAGCUUACGUGUGAUCACAUCACAGUCAACAUGGCAGCCAGUUUGUUCACAAAGCGUGGUUGUCGAUUCUUUUCAUAUGUGCAGUCGACCAGAAAACCACUCCAUCUUUUACUAACACGAACGAUGGCAACUAUACGUGUGGAGACCGACACAAUGGGAGAAAUGCAAGUCCCUUCCGAUCGGUACUAUGGUGCUCAGACUGCCAGAUCAAUGGAAAACUUUCCAAUUGGAGAUGAAAAUGAAAAAAUGCCAAUGGAUGUGAUCAGGGCAUUUGGUUUCCUGAAAAGAGCUGCGGCUGAAGUCAAUAUUGAAUAUGGACUAGAUGUGAAAAUAGCAGAAACGAUUUGUAAAUCAUGCGAUGAGAUAAUCAGUGGUAAAAUUGGCAGGGAGCACUUCCCGUUAGUCAUUUGGCAAACGGGUUCAGGAACCCAGAGCAACAUGAAUGUCAAUGAAGUAGUCAGUAACCGUGCUAUCGAAAUGAUGGGUGGAGAGCUUGGCAGCAAAGCGCCAGUGCACCCAAAUGACCAUGUCAACAAAAGCCAGAGUUCCAAUGAUACUUUUCCUACCGCAAUGCACAUUGCUGCAGCUCAAGUGACCAACAAUACUCUGCUACCAGGACUGAAGCACUUGAAAUCUGCAUUAAAGAGUAAAGCGGAAGAGUUCCAGGGUAUCAUAAAGAUCGGAAGAACACACACACAGGAUGCCACACCACUGACUUUAGGACAAGAGUUCUCCGGGUAUGUUACACAAUUGGAGUAUGGUAUCUUGAGGGUGGAAGGAGCAUUGCCAAGAGUUUACCAGCUUGCUAUUGGAGGAACGGCAGUUGGAACCGGCCUUAAUACUAGAAUUGGUUUUGCUGAGAAAAUGUCAUCAAAGAUUGCUGAUCUGACAGGAAUUCCAUUUGUAAGUGCACCAAAUAAGUUCGAGUCUUUAGCAGCCCACGAUGCCCUGGUGGAACUCAGUGGUGCAAUGAACGUCGUCGCAUGCAGCAUUAUGAAGAUUGCCAAUGACCUCAGGUUUCUUGGAUCUGGGCCUAGGUGUGGCCUUGGCGAGUUAUUGCUCCCUGAAAAUGAGCCCGGAAGCAGCAUCAUGCCUGGAAAAGUUAACCCGACCCAAUGUGAAGCUAUCACCAUGGUUGCGGCUCAGGUAAUGGGAAACAACGUUGCCGUGACGGUUGGAGGAAGUAACGGUCAUUUCGAAUUGAAUUGUUUUAAACCGUUGAUCAUCAAGAGCGUGUUGCAGUCUGCCCGUUUACUCGGCGAUGCCUGCAAUGCAUUUGCAGACUAUUGCGUAUCAGGUAUUGUUGCAAACGAAGAACGAAUAGGAAAAUUACUGAAUGAGUCGCUUAUGUUGGUUACCGCCCUCAAUCCUCACAUUGGAUAUGACAAGGCUGCAAAAAUAGCAAAGACCGCGCACAAGGAAAAAUCGACACUGUUAGAAGCUGCACUCAAACUGGAGUACUUAACCGAAGAACAGUUCAAACAAUGGGUUAAGCCAGAAGACAUGCUGGGGCCAAAAUAAAUCCUGACUUUUUUAAUGGACUUGAUCCUUUGAAUGAAGCGCUGAAAGUUGACUAAUGCUUUAAACAUCAUACAAAUAAUUUCGUGCCUUUUCUUGCUGCAAAUUUACUUUUUUGAAUUUGGAGCCGUAAUUUUAUUUAAGUUUGAUCAUGUUUCAAUUACAUUCAAACAGAA